AUGGCGUGGUCGACGGGAACACUACCGGAGCUUGAACUUGCGCACUGCCAAGUUGAACCAUCCAUUGCGAGAACUGAGCCAUCAUCUCUUGAUUUUGACGCAUUUGAUUAUUGGGAGUUAGGGAAUUAUCCGCUAGGGGAAGUGACUUCUAGAGGUCGAAAUAGUCCUGGGAAAUGCAGACGACAGAAGCUGCUUCGUCUAAAUGAGGAGUUGCCUCGGAAUAGUGCGGAGCCAAAGGUCAAGGGGCAUCGGCGGGGGUCGUUGAACGGAGUCGUUUUCUGGAGGCUCAACAGGAGGGGGAACGCUGUGGGGGUCCAUGCUGGAGAGAGAGAUAUUAACCUUUUCAGCGCGGUCAUGGGGGCUUUCUCCCUCGUUAUACCGAGUGGUCACGAAAUCGCGGAAAAUUACAGGGCAUAAGUGACACUCGGUGGCCGGGCGGACUACAGGGAGUAACUCAUCGCAGUCCUCGCAAAG